AAACGGGUUGCAAUUUUGAGGCUUGAAAUCGCCUCCGCUCUAAAGCUGUGCUUAGAUUUUUCUUCUCUGCUUCUUUAUCUGCACAAAUGCAUGAAUCUAUCAGUAGAUUGAACUGUCCCGAAGCAGGAUCAUUAUUUCCUUUCCCUAACGAGUGUACCGAGUGACAAACUAUAUUUACCAUUGUGACUUACAAUUCCAUCAAUGGAAGUCGGCAGGAACUUGCUCUCUUCGCCUCCGUCAUUCCCUGCGAAAGCCCACCUCAAAAAUUCUCUAUCCUCUUCUUCCUCAGUUUUGAUGCUUCAUGAUCAAGCAGCUCCUGCUAUUACUUCAAUUGUUCGACAUUUGCCUACCUCAGUUCUAGUACAAGAGCAACGGGAUGACUAUAAGCCUCCGUUGAACAUGUUUAAGGAUGAAAAAAUCGUCCAGGCAACCUUGGACGGGAGGCAGAUAGAGACCAGGGCAUCAAUCAAUGAAGAGAAAAACACAGACAACUUGGAUCAAUUGGUGCAGGACUUUGAACGCCAGUUGCUUCAUUGGCCUGCUUUGUGGAGCUUAUUGACACCUUCGCGAAUAGGGGAAUGCUCAUCAUCAUCCUUGACUAAGCAGCUAAUUACAACUGAUACCGACAAGCUUAUGCAUGUUGAACCACAUGAUGUUGUUUCUCUUGCUAAGGAAGCCUUGUCAGCCUCAAUGGAAGCAGCCUUGUUAGCUAGCAACCCCACCGAUCUUGGCAACUCACUUUCUACUUGGUUUGCUUCUGUCUUGGAGUAUGAAUGUUUGCCGGACAUGUCACCUGAGAAAGAGAAAACUGUGAGGUCAACAAGACGCUUAGAGAGGCAAAAUAAGAGGAGACGGGUGCGAAAACCAACAGAUAUUGCUUAUGAGACUUACAGUAGUAGAAAUGUUGAGGUAAAAAGAAAGACAAGAGAUGGAUUUUCUCAGGAUCCCCUUCGGUUCUUCUUGUGGAAUCCUGAGACAAAGCAACUGUUGACCGCUGAACAGGAGUCUGAUUUGGUUGGUAAAGUACAGGAUUUAUUGAUAUUAGAGGGCGUGAAGAGUAGGCUUCGGAAUCAGUUUGACCGUGAACCAACUUUGGUUGAAUGGGCUGAAGCUGUUGGGAUUAGUUGUUCGGACUUGCAGUCACAACUUCGCUCUGGCAAUAAAAGCAAGGAUAAGCUUAUUUAUGCAAAUUUACGUCUGGUGGUUCACAUUGCCAAACAAUAUCAGGGCCGUGGUCUCAGCCUACAGGACUUACUGCAGGAAGGAAGUAUGGGUCUUAUGAAGAGUGUAGAGAAAUUCAAACCCCUAGGUGGGUGCCGUUUUUCCAGUUAUGCCUACUGGUGGAUAAGACAGACAACUAAAAAGGCUAUUUAUCAGCAUUCCAGGACAAUUCGCUUACCAGAGAGCAUAUAUGCCCUCCUGGGCAAGGUAAUGGAAGCAAAGAGAUCAUAUGCUAGAGAAGGAAAUUAUGGCCCAAGCAAAGAAGAAAUUGCGCGGCAUGUUGGAAUCACAGUAGAUAAGUUGGACAAGUUGUUAGUUAGCACACGGAAGCCAAUGUCGUUGCAAAAACCUAUAUGGGCAGACCAAGAUACUACUUUUCAGGAGGUCACUGCUGACAUGUCUAUUGAAACACCAGAAACAAGUGUGGCAAAGAAGCUCAUGAGACAGCAUGUGCGCCACCUACUACGCGUUCUCAACCCAAGAGAGAGACGAAUCAUCAGGCUAAGAUUUGGUAUCGAUGAGGGGGAGCGGAAAACUUUGUCCGAAAUAGGUACCAUGUAUGGACUAUGUAAGGAGAGGGUUCGUCAGGUGGAGAGCAGAGCAUUGUCCAAGCUCAAGAAGUGUCUUAGUAGUGAAGGACUUGAGGCUUAUGUAGAUUUACUUGCACAGAUGUAAAGAAACGCCAUUCUGCUGUUUGUUUAACUGCUGCUUUAGGGUAUCUAUGGUCCUUCCAACAGAAUAUGCAGUCGCUUUUCCGCGACAGUUUACGUAUCUGUAUGUAUUGAUAAGCUGAAUCUUAAGUACUUUUGCUAGGUGUAAUUACAUUCUAAAUAUGUCAAAUUGUUCAAUUUGUUCAAUGUGAAUGGUGUAUAGAAACAAUGAA